CGCAAUUUGUUUACAUGAUGAAAUUGCAUGGUGGUCGAGAUGAUUCCGCCGUCUCACGACUGGCGAAGUUGGAAUUUGGAUGUUCAGGUACGUCACCGAUGAGGAAGGAGCGAUGAAGCUAUGGCCAGCAACCCGCUCCUCGAGCUCUUCAGGUUAGCGCUCACCCCUCACGUGAACUACUGGAGUACGGCUGGAUGAUGAGAACGACCGGCAAAAUGUGAACGUUGCCUUUGUUGCACCCGCGUGCGCGUCAAACGUCAAGGUGAAGACGCAAGGCACACGACUCCAGUUUUCGGCGAUCCCCCCACAAAGGACACGCGCUACCCACACACAGCUUGCGCAACAACAAGGAACCCCGAACCACCGAGAUGCUUAUCCCGAGGAAAGUCUUCGGGGUACUGACGUUCGCUUUCUGCGUUGCGGGUCUAUUCGUCUUCUCCAAUUCGAUCGUGCAAUGGUCCAUGCAUGUGUUUGGCAGCCAUGCUCCGCUGAUACCAUACACUACGCACGUUGUUCUGUUCCAAUUCAAGGAAACGGCCACUAGCUUCGCAAUCAAGGAGAUCACGUCAAAGUUCUUCGGCUUGAAGAAGUCGUGUGUUCACCCAGACACACGUAGACCAUAUAUUCUCUCGAUUACUGGUGGAAAAGAUACGUCCAUUGAGAGCCUGCAGAAUGGCAUGAGCCACGCAUUCAUCCUCAGAUUCAGCUCGAAUGAAGAGCGAGACUAUUAUGUGAAAGAAGACCCCGCGCAUCAAGCGUUCAAAGAUGCUGCUGCGGCAAUGGUAGAAAAAACGAUAGUCGUUGACUUUCAAGAGGGUGUUUUUACUAACGCACUAUGAGCCCUCUGGAUGCACAGAUGUAGAUAGUACCGUAGUCAUAGGCUGGUUUUUGCACGACUUGUAACAUGCUCCACAGCCGCCGUACAUAACACAUACAUAUAGCCAGAUCAUAACACGCAAACAAGGCGCCAUCAUAGAUUCAUAAACUCAUUCACAGAUACAGCGCACCUACAAAGC